CAAAUUGAAAUACGUCGUGUUGCAAACGUCAACAUAAAUUUCGUUUAUUUCCCCUGUUUACUAAUCCUAAAAUUAUUAUUGUAAGAAUUUAAAUUAAUAAAAUAAUAAUAACUUCAGAUGUUAAAAUGAACCGCACUGAAGGCUUAGUGCAACGAAAACACGUCGUCAAAGAAAAUUCCGAUGGUUCUGUGAAAGAAAAUCAGGAUGCAGAUGAUAAGAAGAAUGAUAAAAUAUUUGAUGACGGAGAUUCAAAGGAAACGCGAUUAACAUUGAUGGAAGAAGUUUUACUUUUAGGACUAAAAGAUAAAGAAGGUUAUACAUCAUUUUGGAAUGACUGCAUUUCUAGUGGACUUAGAGGUUGCAUCUUGAUUGAAUUGGCAUUAAGAGGUCGCAUAGAAUUAGAAAGAGUUGGUAUGAGGCGUAAAGGUUUAUUGUCAAGAAAAGUUAUUGUAAAAAGUGACACACCUACAGGUGAUGUACUAUUAGAUGAAGCCUUAAAACACAUGAAGGACACAGAUCCCCCAGAAUCAGUUCAAAGCUGGAUAGAAUACCUGAGUGGUGAAACAUGGAAUCCAAUGAAGCUGAAAUAUCAAUUGAAAAAUGUCCGAGAAAGGCUUGCCAAAAACCUAGUCGAGAAAGGGGUUUUAACAACUGAAAAGCAAAAUUUCUUACUAUUUGAUAUGACAACUCACCCUCUCACAGACAAUACCAUCAAAUGCCGCUUAGUUAAAAAGGUACAAGAAGCGGCACUGCGUCGCUCAAUAACAGACGUGGCUCACGCGGACAAAAGAUCGCUCGCGCUCUUAAUGCUUGCACAUUCCGCUGACGUACUCGAAAACGCGUUCGGACCACUCUCAGAUGAAGACUACGAACUAGCCACGCGGCGUGUACGCGCAUUAUUAGAUCUAGACUUCGAGGCUGAAGCUAUGCGCCCAGAGGCCUGCGAUAUUAUGUGGGCAGUGUUCGCCGCGUUCACCAAAUAAAAUGAAUAGGAAUACAAUUCAAAAUUAUUUUUUUGUGACAAAAUAGACUAUUGUGAAAAUCACAAAUUCGUAUAUACGUCAAACCAGUAUUAAAUUCAACAAUAUUUA